UAUGACGGCUUCCACUGUUGGAAACUAUAACCUCCCGAUUCACGUGGUUAGACCGACCUUACCUUAGGUUCCAGUCGUUUCUUUUAGAUUAGCAAUGUAUUUUAGACCACAAUGAUUUCUCAGUGAGAUGGGAGGGAUGAUGUUGAGGUGAGCGCAGUUUGCAACCAGUUUGUCGGAGCUCCUCCUCAAUCGUCGGAUAGGGUAUGAACAUCACAUUUGCUCAAUGAGAGCAAGGGAACACAAAAGACGGAACCGAAUUUCGACCUGGUGUGUUACGGUUGCCGUUCUAUUUACCGCUAUAUAAGAGGCUAAUAUGAAGACAUCGUUUGGCAAGCCAGACCCUGGAAAGCUUCAGGAAUACUCCCAUGUUGUUUGAGGCCCACGGCAGCACCAUGCGUUGUGUCUGGUAACAAAAACCAGCUCACCCUCUUACCAGCCAUCCAUUGAGAGUAUAGAAACACACACACAGCACAUCACAGUGAUGGGUUUGGACCAACCCUGCUUGGAUAUGGUGGUGCAAAGGCCCUUUCUGGAUGCAACUUGUAAGAGGCACUGUCACCAGAACCUGCUUAGAAAGCUGAGGCCCAUACGAAUCCUGGGUUUUGUGUUCAGCCUGGUAGCCAUAAGUGCUAUCUCCUUUUCCUUCAGCGCCUUGACAUGGAGCUCAGGGACCCACUCGGAGCUGCUCCUGCCUCAAGAGGCCCUCCUUCAGUCUGGUCCUGCUCCCCACAGGACUCUACUUUCCACUCAGCACCAGAGGGAUCCCAAUGUCUCAGCCAACAUGCCCGUGGCCAUGAGGUCUUCGGCAGACGGCAACGAGAGCCAGGGGGACUACCCCACGGACCUGUUCACUCUGGAAGAGAGGCGCCAGGGUGCUGUGGUGCUCCACAUGUUUGGGAUGCUGUACAUGUUCAUCUCUUUAGCCAUUGUGUGUGAUGAAUUCUUCGUGCCUGCUCUGACAGUCAUCACAGAGAAGCUGGCCAUCUCUGAUGACGUGGCGGGGGCCACCUUCAUGGCGGCAGGCGGGUCAGCUCCCGAGCUUUUCACUUCUGUCAUCGGCGUAUUCAUCUCCCACAGCAAUGUGGGUAUCGGAACCAUUGUGGGCUCAGCUGUCUUCAACAUUCUCUUCGUCAUUGGAAUGUGUGCCAUCUUCUCCAGGGAGAUCCUCAAUCUGACCUGGUGGCCCCUCUUCCGUGACGUCUCCUUCUACAUCAUAGGCCUGAUCAUGCUCAUAUGUUUCUUCCUGGAUAACUACAUCUCCUACUGGGAAAGUAUUGCUCUGCUCUCAGCCUAUGCCACCUAUGUGAUCUUUAUGAAGUUCAACAGCAAUGUUGAGGGCUUUGUGAAAGGCUGCAUGAACAAGAAUCAAGUGGUGGAGGUGGAGGUUCAGCCGAAGGCUGUGAGUCCCGGGGCACCAGAGGAUGAGAGCAAGCUGUCGGCUAGGCCACGGCUCCAGAGAGGUGGCAGCUCAGCCUCCCUGCACAACAGCCUGAUGAGAAACAGCAUCUUUCAGCUUAUGAUCCACACACUGGACCCACUCAGUGAAGAAUUUGCUGAUUCUGAACUUGGAACUUAUGGAAAACUAAAAUAUUAUCACACAAUGACCGAGGAAGGGAAAUUCAGAGAGAAGGCAUCCAUCCUUCACAAGAUUGCCAAAAAGAAAUGCCAAGUAGAGGACAGCGAGAAAGCCAAUGGAGUAGCCAGCCGGUCAGAUAAGAAUCUUCCAAACAGCUCGAAUGUCGAGGUGGAAGUCACACCACCAAUGAAUGGCACUGCUGGACAAGAAGGGGAAGCUGCGGCUGAGGAUGAGGAGGAUGAGGACCAGCCUCUGAGCCUGUCCUGGCCAGACACCAUGCGCAAGCGUUUCACCUACCUCUUAAUCAUGCCCAUCAUCUUCCCUCUGUGGCUAACACUGCCCGAUGUCAGGAAACCAACUGCAAAGAAGUUCUUUCCCAUCUCAUUUCUGGGCUCUAUCUGUUGGAUUGCUGGAUUCUCCUACUUAAUGGUGUGGUGGGCUCAUCAGGUUGGAGAGACCAUUGGGAUUACAGAAGAGAUCAUGGGCUUGACUAUAUUAGCAGCUGGUACCUCCAUUCCUGACCUAAUCACCAGUGUCAUUGUUGCACGGAAGGGGCUGGGAGACAUGGCUGUGUCCAGCUCUGUGGGCUCCAACAUCUUUGACAUCACUGUUGGCCUGCCGUUCCCAUGGCUCCUCUGGUCCAUCAUCAACAACAUGCAGCCUGUGGCGGUGAGUUCUAACGGGCUGUUCUGCGCCAUUGUGCUGCUGUUCCUCAUGCUCAUCUUUGUCAUUAUCUCAAUUGCUGCCUGCAAGUGGCGGAUGAGCAAGCUGCUGGGCUUCAUCAUGUUCGUGCUCUACUUAGUGUUCCUGGUGGUCAGCGUUAUGCUGGAAGACAAGAUCAUCGCCUGCCCUAUAUCCAUUUGAAAAUACUCUCUCUCCACUCCUGCCAGAAAGCAUUGGGAUGGAGGAAAGACUCCUACAAGAAUGAGGCCGCAAGAUAUGGCUCGGCUGAUUCAUUGGUCGGAAGUAGAUAAUAUAUUUUUUUUUUUGUGUGCGUGUAGAUUGCUGGGGGUUUACAUUUUUUCGGGGGAUGGUGGGUGGUGUACUAGCCAGGUAGGGGAACAACUAUGCCAUCUUAUGCAUGUCACCUGUUUUACUAGAUCAGUUGAUUCUGGACUACUCCUAGCAGAUUGAGGAUUCUGACCUCCUGUGGACUUUGAGGUCAGGAAGUACACAAGAGACUUCUGACAAAGCUGGCUGAGCUUGGCACAAAAGACCAGUGUUGCCACAAUAUUGUUCUCAGCUUCAGGAUUGUUUGUAAAAAAAACUUUUCAAAUAAUACUUUGGAUGACCCUCUAACUGACUUCACUGACUGACUAGAUGACUUCACUCAACUUGUCACUCCAGUGUGUGUUGUUCUAGUGAGUUUGAUGAUGAGCAACCCUUUGAUGAAGGGAUGUUGCUGAUGCUACACACAAAGCAUUGGUUUUACAUAAGACUAAAAUAUGGUUUUGAGCCAUAAACUUCUCCUCUCUUGUGUACUUAGUGACCAAGCAUCAAAAGAUGAAACAGUCCAAGCAGUUUUGCAUGCAGAACUGGAGAUAGGAACAGAUUUUUCCUAAUUCAUCUUGUGUUCUGUCCAAAAGCUCAAACUUUACACCCCCCCCCCUUCCAGAUGUCAUUGCUCACCAUGUCUCUUUGAUUGACACACUAGCUAUAAUUACUGAAAUAGUAGUAGCGUCAGUUGUACUGUCGCAGUAAUAUGUACUGUAGGUGGAUUUUGACUCUGCUUGGGUCUUGAUAGGCCUACUGAUGAUCUUAUCCUCUUCUCCACCUGCCAUUGGACAUAAGAGUUCAUAAUGUACAGAGCUUGCCAUUCUUCACACGCCAAUUGGUGAGGUAAACUCUACUGGAAAAUGUUGACUUGGAACCCAAUUCAAUCAAUUUGCAGAAAAGGAAAACCGCACCACAAUUGACCCAAAUGUUUACUCUGCAAAGGACAGAUGCGGUCACACAUCAAUAUCCAAUGACUACGGACCUUAUUCAGAGUUGAGAUACGUGAAUGCAACUGGUAAUUUUGCAUGAAUCAUUCAUUCACAUCUCAAUUUAGAAUAACGCCAACAGUCUGCAAGAAGAAGAGUUUCUGAGUGAAACCACAGGGUAGUUUUCCUUUAUCUGCACAUGAUUGAAUCAGCCUUAAUUGUAGCAUCUCAGAAUAUAUAAUAGCUUACAAUGUUAUUCAUUCUGAAUAAGCAAAGCAUGUGUAAACUCAGAUAGGACACUCAUAACCAAUAUGUCUAUGUCAAAAUAAGGUAGUAGAUAAAAGAACUGGCACUCAAUGUUUGAAAGAAUCAUACAAUGAUCUAUUUAGAUUAGUGAAUGUUUAGCACACUCUUGAAAUUAAGACUUGAAUAUUCAGGCUCCUAGAGAAGUUUAUAGUAGGAGGGAAAUGCAUGAUAAAAAAAUAUCAGGCUGAAUUGUGUUAUACCUGUGAGAAUUGUCUCUCAAAAAAAUAAUGAAUUCUCAAAUAUUUAACAUUUCGCUAUUUCUUUGACACAAUAGUAUUAGGCUUCUAUGUACAAAAUGUCAACAAAUAUGUGUGGUUAAUAUCUAUCAACCUUGUGCAAUUUAUUUUCAAUUGAACUGUGUUUUUGUCUGCAUAUAUGCAGUCUGUAUACUCUCUGUAUACAGUAAUAGCAAAUCAAUUGAGGUUAUAUUACCAGUAUUUUGCAGCAAACUGAAACAUGCACACAGAAUUAUUGAAUUAUGUAUUAAGUUAGCAAUUCUCAUGCAGUCAUUUUCACAGUCACCCACGCUGUACUUCGAGUUAGUGUUCCUUCUUUUUAUUACCAAUUAACCAUUGAGUGACUUUUACGAAGAAGUAUCAAUCAACAGUAGUGAGCAUGAUCCUCACACAAAAAUCUUUUUUGUUUUGUUUAUACAACAAAGUGAUUAGAUAACUCAACAUAUAACAGCAUUACCUUACGUCUUUGGUUUUGAAUUCAAAUUCACUCCACUCAGAGGUAAAAGCCAAUUCUGGCAAAGAGCCUCCUCACAAGAAACAGUCAACUUCUAGGAACAUGGAUAUCACAAAACCAACAGCAAUAUACUGUAUGUACUGUAUGUGUCAGGGUUAGGGUCAAUUAUUUUAUAUAUAUAUAUAUAUUUUAAUGAAAUUCCACUUUUCUAUGUAUUUAUUUAAACUUUAUUUACAUGGUGAAGAAUUAGAUGGGGAAGACAGGCAAGGAAGAGAUAAAGUCUGCUGGUGUGCGGCAGGGAUUAAAUCCACGACUGUCAGCACGUGUGCUUUCUGCUGGGAGUAUUAUCAUUGGACCACAGUGUCCAAUUAAAUUGUAAAGUUGUAUUGGUCACACCCCACAGGAAGCAGAAUUUGAAUUGAAUUUAAAAGAACUGAAAUAGAAUUUAAUUCUAUAAAAUUGAAAUGGAUAAUCUAUUCUACACAUCCCUAUAAAAUAUAUAUAUUUUGGCAUGGUUACCAAUACCUUUUCAAAUAAGCUUGAUUACAACUCAUAGUUCUCAAACAGUAUUAUUUUAGUUUUUUUGUCAAGAGAUGUUAACACUGUUGUUCACUGACAUUCUGGAGUAUUUGAACUAAUGCAUUCUGGGAAAAAAUGUUUUCUGAUAUUUAACAUAUAAAUUAAUUAUGAAUUACUAUAGACAACCUGACAUAUGAUUAAAACAUUUCAAUUGUUUAACAUUUUGUAGGUUGUCUAUAGUAUUUAACAUGUAAAAUAAUGAUGAAUUACUAUAGACGACCUACAAAAAAGUAAAAGUUAAACAAUUGAAAGGUUUUAAUCAUGUCAGGUUGUCUAUAGUAAUUCAUAAUUAAUUCAUAUGUUAAAUAUCAGAAAAAAAAUCAUUUUCCAGAAUGCAUUAGUUCAAAUACUCCAGAAUGUCAGUGAACAACAAAAUGUUAACAUCUCUUAACAAAAAUACAACAAUAAUACUGUUUGAGAACUUGUAACUUGUAAUGGAGCUUAUUUGAAAAUGUAUCUGUAUUCUUUCCUGUAAUAAGUGGCAGGUGCUUUUGGUAAAAUAUUUGUCAAAGAAAUUAGACUUUAAUGUUUCAUCGCAGUUGAAUUUCUUUGAAUUGCUUUGAAUUAAAUUUGACUUCCUGUGAGGUAUGUCCAAAUCGAAUUUCAAUUCAUGGGUUGAAUUUAAUUAAAUGCGAAAAUUCUGAAUCGACCCCAACCCUGGUAUGUGUCAUUGAGAAUUGCAUUUCCAUGCAUUUGACUGAUGUACUUGUCUGUUGUGACCUCACUAACCUACACAUUUGGAAACUAUUUCUCCUGAAAUCCUCGAAAAUCUCCACAUGACUUACUUUCAGAUAUCUAAACUUUCCAAACACACCUGCAUUUUCUCAGUUCAAUCUCUGUAUAUUUGCAAGAGUAUACUGGAAAAUAUGAAUAACUAAAUAAUGUGAAUGUAUGAGGAAAAUGCAUCUGAGGAAUUUGGGCUGGUUACCCAUGGGUGGCACACAUGAAAUGGAAUUAUGUUACAUUUAUGCAUAACUCAAAAAGAAUAGGGGUACUCUUUUAUUUUGUAAAUAGAAAAUACAUGUUUUUAUAAGAUUCCUCACUUGAACCAAUCUAGAACAAAACUCCUUGGUCCAUGUUUAUAUUGAUUAACAAUUUAAUUUAUAUAAUGUUUCAAUGGUAGGAAAAUGUAUAUCUUUCAGAAUAUUGAUAUAGUAAGCUUAUAUACACUACCGUUCAAAGGUUUGGGGUCACUUAGAAAUGUCCUUGUUUUCCAUGAAAACAUACAUGAAAUGAGUUGUAAAAUGAAUGGGAAAUAUAGUUUAGACAUUGACAAGGUUAUAAACAAUGUUUUUUUAAUAGAAAUAAUAAUUGUGUCCUUCAAACUUUGCUUUCGUCAAAUAAUCCUCCAUUUGCAGCAAUUACAGCCUUGCAGACCUUUGCCAUUCUAGUUGUCAAUUUGUUGAGGUAAUCUGAAGAGAUUUUACCCCAUGCUUCCUGAAGCACCUCCCACAAGAUGGAAUGGCUUGAUGGGCACUUUGUACGUAACAUACGGUCAAGCUGCUCCCACAACAGCUCAAUAGGUUGGAGAUCCGGUGACUGUGCUGGCCACUCCAUUAUAGACAGAAUACCAGCUGACUGAUUCUUCCCUAAAUAGUUAUUACAUAGUUUGGAGCUGUGCAUUGGGACAUUGUCCUGUUGUAGGAGUAAAUUGGCUCCAAUUAAGCACCACCCACAGGGUAUGGCAUGGCGUUGCAAAAUGGAGUGAUAGCCUUCCUUCUUCAAUAAUGUCUGUUUCUCAAACUAGACACUCUAAUGUACUUGUCCUCUUGCUCAGUUGUGCACCGGGGCCUCCAACUCUUUCUAUUCUGGUUAGGGCCAGUUUGUACUGCUCUGUGAAGGGAGUAGUACACAGCGUUGUACCAGAUCUUCAGUUUAUUGGCAAUUUCUUGCAUGGAAUAGAACAAGAAUAGACGAGCUUCAGAAGAAAGUCCUUUGUUUCUGGUCAUUUUGAGCCUGUAAUCGAACCCACAAAUGCUGAUGCUCCAGAUACUCAACUAGUCUAAAGAAGGCCAGUUGUAUUGCUUCUUUAAUGAGCACAACAGUUUUCAGCUGUGCUAACAUAAUUGCAAAAUUAUUUUCUAAUGAUCAAUUAGCCUUUUAAAAUGAUAAACUUUUUCUGAUCAAUUUUAUGUUAUUUUAAUUAAUGGACAAAUAAUUUGCUUUUCUUUCAAAAACAAGGAAAUGUCUAAGUGACCUCAAACGUUUGAAUGGUAGUGUAUAUUAUCAUACUUUUUUUUGUAACUAUCAAAUAUGAAGUCAACCUCAUAUACUUCAAGGAUUGACUAUUAUAAUGAUUGAUUGGUUUUCUGGAGACUUCCCCUUUGUGUUUGCCCCAUUUAUGCAUUGUUUGCUGGUAUAAAAGAUGAGGGCUUUAGAUACCACAUUGCCUCCUGAUAGUCUACAAGUAUGCUGCAUUAUACUGAUGCUAUUUAUAUAUUUGUUUAUUACCACACCUGUCUUUAAAAUGUAGGCGCCAAAGUCAAGAGGCAGAUUGGGCUAUCACUCCCAAUGGACCAUUUCCUCUCCCAUGCACACAGGCGCACACAUGAAAACACAAUUUAGAAAGCCAAGAUAUAUAUUUUAAGCACACCCUUAUUCACAUUCUGAUAAUAAGAUAAGAUGUUUUCCACACACACUUUUUUUUCAUCUUCGCUAAACAGUGCCCAUUGCCUUAUCCUGUAGUACGAUCCAGAGAAAAAGAGAACUGUGUCUGUGGCUAGAAUACAGUAUACAAGUCAGGCAUAUUCUGUCAUUGAGUCCCUCCUACCCACACUCUCAUUAGUCUUGCCUCACCUCACCACUUGUUUUUACCCUUUUUUUCUUAGGUGGGGGUCAAUUGCUUGAGUUCACACUUCCCCAACCUUAGAGAAACUUUCAUUUCAUGUUGCGCUUUUCAUUCAUCCUCACUUUUACAGCUUCCCUUAUGUCUGCUGUCAAAGGUGCUGUAUGCAUAAAGUAUCCUGAAAGGCUCCUGUCAAAGAAUCUUGUAUGAGCAAAGGCAAAGUUGUAUGGAAUAUUUGUGUACAAGCAUGAAUGAUGAGCUAAAAAUGCAAAAACAAUCGGUUUAGCAUGUGAAACACAUUGAGUGCAGAUUAUAGGGUAUGAAGUCGACCACGAAUACACAUUUUUGCACUGUAAAUGUCUUUAUUUUAUUGGUGUUAAUGUAAGAUUUAUUUAUUUAAGGUGUACAUAAUAUACAGACAAAUUAACUAUAUAAUCUAUAUGUGUAAAAUAACUAUGUAAAACUCUACUGUAAAACAAAGUAUCUAUUACAACAAUGAAUAAAGGUAACAAAGAAAUGA